CGGAGCCAUUGCGGCCCGAAACACCCGUACGGAAGGACGCGCGUGUCUUCCUCCCGUUUGCACUCGCACCUCUGCGUUUCUAUAAAUACCUGAUACUCCUGCUUUCGACGCCAAACGAGUUUCAAGUGGUGCGAGGGACAGAGGGGGCUCUUUUCAAGACUAGCUCCGCUUGCUACCUAUACUCCGUACCGCUGACAGCUGCUGGCUGCGCGUCACGAGAUGUACUCCGAGUGGAUGUGGUUCCUGGGGCUGAGCGCGAUACUCGUCGCGGUCCAGGCGCUUCCUACCGCAGGACUCGCCGACGAAGCCAAAAAGUCGGAGCAACCGGCCAGGCCCAAAGUAGUCAAGCGAUCGCAAGAACUUCUCAUGUUCGGCAAUCAGCAGAAUCAACGUGCAGCAGCCGACCGGAACGCCCCACCUGCCAAUAUCGCCCCAUCGCUGGAAAAGAGAACACUGAGCAAUUCUGGACUCGAGGACGCGAGCGCCGUGCUGUCCGAGGCCGAGCAGCGCCCCGAAGUCUUCCCCGGCACUUACAUCAUGGACCAGCCCGCUGUGCCCCAGCGCGACAACAAUUACGAGUACGGCCGGGUCCUGGUUAACGAGCUGGACGACGUGUUCCCCCGGAACUCGUGGGACCGAGGUCCCCAAAGGUUCGGCCGGAAUUACGCUGUCACCGGCCUCUCGGCCGAGGAGCGUCGCAAGCGUUCCGGGGACUCGAGCUCGCCGACCACUACCACCACUUUGGCUCCCGCCUCGCCGUCCUCCUCUUUUGCAUCCAUCGUCGGCACGGCCCCGCCAUCGCCAGCUGUCGCCGGCCCUUCAAAGUCCUCGGCUUUGCUCCCGCAGCUUCCUCCGGCCCAGCCCAAGAGAAGCAUACCAACCUACUACCCUGAGAUCCGGUACAAGCGCGAGUCGGACGUCGAUCCGGACAAACAGCUGUACGCUCUCCUGCAGCUGUACAACAGCGAGCACCGUAACAGAGGAAACUGGAGGAAUUACGGUAACGACGAGUACGAGAACAUCGAGGACGAGUCGAACUUGAUGGGGCUCGACGACGAGGACCCGAGCGCCGGCUCGUGGCUCGACAACUCGAUCGGCUACCCCCAGCAGCCCAACUACCUCUCGGCCGAGCCCCUUCUGAGCUCCGAGCUCGCGGCUCUCGGGCGUGCAGCCAGGCCCCUCGGCUACUACGAGCAGUACCUCAACCAACAGCAACAACAGCCGCAAUACGCCGGACAACAGUACGACGCCGCCGGGGUACAGUACGGCACGCCCCAGUACGGAUUGCCCCAGUACAGCGUCCACGGCUCUUACUACCCGCCCGAGAAGAGGUUCAUGGUGUCUAGGAAACGAUCGCAGAAUUACGACAGCUACGGCGGAAGAAGUGGUUAUCUCGUCGGUUCGAGGGGCUAUCCAACCUACAACCAGCAUCGCUUGCUCUACUAGAUCGAUCGAUCAAACACGCGCCUACACACACACGUACACAUAAACACGAAACGUCAAGAGAAAUGGGAAAAGUAUGAAAGGGUAUUCGUGCGCGCGAAUUGGCUGUUUGCCGGUCAUGUGCCGGCGAUACAAAUAUUAUACGUAUAGGCAAUUCGCUCGUACAUGUACAUACCUGAUGCGGAGGAGGAGGAGAACGAAAAUCGACAACAUAUCGUCGAGGAUAAUAUUGGCCUUGCACCCGCCAGUUUAUUUUAUUUAUUUAUUUUUUUUUUCUCCUCUUUUUUGUUCUUCAAAUAGAUAAUCAAAGAGUAAGAUAAUAUAUAUUUAUGAAUAAAACUUGCAAACAAAGGAGAAAAUAAGACCGAGUAAUAUUAUAACGAGUAAG